AUGGCUAUUCUCCAAAUUUUGUUCUUCAUUUUUCUUCAUUUUUCUGUUGUCUAUUCAAAGAAUUCUUCUCCGAUAACUUGUGGCAAUAACAGCUUCUAUAUACAAUACCCUUUUAAAUUACAUGAAGAAGGCCAAAAACCUCACCCCAUUAAUGGCUAUCAAGAAUUCAAUCUUAGAUGCACUAGUGAAGGAAUAGCAAUUCUAAACCUGAAACCUUCCUCUGAAGAGUUCUACGUACGCGAUAUCAACUACUUUGAGCAGAAAAUUAUACUUGAGGAUCCCGGGAAAUGCCUUCCAAGGAGGCUUAUGAACUUUAGUUGGUCAUUCGAUUCUCCUUUCAGGUCUGUGUUUUAUCAAAACUACACCUUUUUGAGGUGUCCGAUGGACCACCAUGCCAGUGCCAAAGCCGAGUUCAUUCCAAUUGGAUGCCUAAGUAACUCGACAGUGUCUAUGUAUGCUACUUCAUCGAUAUUGCGUGCUGAAGAGAUGAAAUCAAACGGGUGCAGUGCAGUAGUUAAUCUGCCAAUCCCGGUUGCUUCGAUUGAUCAAUAUGAACUCAAUGGGUUUGAUGGCAAUCUUCAGUUGGAAUGGGAUAUCUCCAUCUGUCAACAUUGUACAGGUAGAUCGAGAAAUAAAUCAGUAGGCAGAAUCAUCCUUCUGUGUCUUCUUAUACUAUGUAUUGUUGCGCUCGUUUCAAUGUUGUGCAUAGGAAGUUGCAUUCUUUGCUACAUCGGACUUAAAUUUGUACUAAACGAUGAUGAAGCUAGUGAAUCACCUCACGAAUCUUCGACGCUACAGCCAGAAAUUGUGGAAACUCGGGCAGCAGCCACACGGGAUGAGUGUAGAAUAGAGGUCAAUCGACCAGAAGAACUUGUAGUUGGUGAAAGCCAGCGAAUUACAGGGCCAAACAGUGAGACUUGCCCCAUAUGCUGGGAAGAAUAUCAACCCACAGAGAGACUCCAACGCCUAGAGGGCUGUGGUCAUUGCUUUCAUGCAACUUGCCUUAGUCCAUGGCUGCACAGUGAAAGUUCCUGUCCUGUUUGUAGGACUUUUGUUAGUCCAUGUAUUUGA